GCAUUACCCAAAAUAACACAAAUUAAACGUUUACCAACACUGAGGGUUGUUGUCGAGCGUUUGUUUAUUUUUUGAUCCCUUGGAAAAAUAUUAAAUAAAUUAUAUACAGUCAAAUAACACUUUAAUAUCACACAAUGCAUCCUGGCCAGAUGGAAGUGAACGAAAUCACCGGAUAUUGGACUUUCCUUCUCAGCAUUGAUUGGAAGGAUCCGUGGCUCAUUUGUCUGGUCCUGGCACAUGUCCUGACCACCACCACUGCUCUGUUAAGUCGGAACAAUAGCAAUUUUCAGGUUUUCCUUUUCCUGAUUCUGUUGGUGGCUGUUUAUUUUACGGAAAGCAUCAACGAGUACGCGGCUCAGAACUGGAGCUCUUUCUCAAAACAACAAUACUUCGAUAGCAAUGGCCUGUUUAUCUCGACAGUUUUUUCAAUUCCCAUAUUACUCAACUGUAUGCUGUUAAUUGGAACUUGGCUCUACAACUCUACUCAGCUGAUGGUUUCUUUAAAAACAGCUCAACUAAAGGAGAGAGCUCGUCAGGAACGUCAAAAUACGGCGGAUACAACAGGCGCAACGACACAUGCGAAAGUAGAGUAAAGCUGGCUUGUAAAGCUGGUCUAAUACUUAAGAUAAGCUGUGAAAAAUUGAAGAAACAUUCAAAUAAGAUAUCCUUUUUUAUAAAA